UUCUUGUGGUAACGUAAACGUGGCAAGGACAUAUCGGCAUUCGCUUUCAUUUUUUCGUUGUUGGCAUUCAUUACCUUCAACGUGUUACCAACCAACUGACGUCGACUUCUUCGUCAGUCAGGCACUUGAGCUGAAAGAAAUGAAAAUCGAAGACAAGAAAAUGUGAAGUGGCAAAAUGAAAAUAAACAAAAUUAAAAUAUGAAAUUAAGGCAAAAAAGUGAAAGAAAUAUGAAAUAGAAAAUAUGUGCCUUUGUGUUAAAAUUAAUAUAUUUCAAAAAUCUGUGUCGAAUUUCUAGCAUUUUAAUAAAUCAGAGUGCUUGUUUGUUGUUAAUUCUUCUGUGAAGUUGUGAAAGUGUUGCUAAACAUGAAAACAAAUCUCUAAGAACGACCUAAAUAUGGAUAGGACUUACAACACCAAUCGAAUUUGGACAACAAACAAUGGAUUUAUAAGGGACAUUCAAAGGCCAAGCUCAUCUGGCAAUUUAAGUGUUCACACUCCGGUUUCCGGUCACACUUCCACGCGAGCAUACAGUGGCAAUGGCAUUGCGGGGGACGAAGUCAGCCGUAACAAUAAUGGAACGAAAUCACCACCUGUUCUACACCACUAUCCGAACAAUAAUUUCGUAGGGGUUGAAUCACGAUUUCGUCGGAAAUAUUUUCACAAGACAAUAUUCAUAUUGCUCAUAAUACUCGUUGUAGUUUUAUUCAUUACAAUAAUAGUUUUAGCCGCUUUAUUGCACAAUCAAUCAAUUAGUACAAUCUGCCGGACAAAUGAGUGUCUCAGGACAUCGGCAAGCCUUAUAUACUCAAUGGACGAAGAGACUGAUCCCUGUGAGGACUUUUAUCAAUUUACAUGUGGUCGUUGGUCACAGGAGCAUCCGCGACCCGAAUCGGUGACCUCGAACGAUUGGUUUCGGGAGAGACAAGCGAAAAUUAUGCGCGAAUUAAGAGAUUUCCUAAAGAUGAAUGUUUCCACCAGCGAACCGGAAGCCGUUGGCAAGGCAAAGCUUAUGUACAAGGCCUGCAUGGAUAUGCAACAAUUGGAGGAACGAGAAAUGGAACCAUUGGUACAUUUCUUGAAAGAAUUUAAGCUGCCAUUAAUUCCUAGUGGGCUGAAUUUAACACUCUCGCCGGAGAGCGCCAAAAAAUACAAUACAAUUGAAAAAUUCAAUUGGCUGGAUUCCGUUGUUCUUAUAAAGAAAUAUUUGGGUAUGGAUUUGAUAAUUGGUUUCGACAUAUUUCCCGAUCCAUUGAAUCGAACCAUUAAUCGCAUUGCACUGGGAACACCGGAAACAGAUUCCGCGUUGCCCUUUAACAACGAUGAUGUCCAUAAGAUUCUGCACAAGGUACGCAAGAAGACAAUUUUCGGCUCAGAUGACGACGAUGAUGAUAUGGAUCUUGAAGGUCGCGAGGAAGAAGAAGCCGAAUCUACCAAAGAAACCAAUAGUGGGUUACGGGCAUAUGUGUCCUACGUUAAGAAGAUUAUGGAAGUCUACGUAUCUUACUUGGAUCCAGAUAUAACUCCGGGCGAGACUGAUGAAAGUACAGAGGCCAUGACAAUGGCAAUUGUUAAAGUAGCGCGAAAAAUCUAUAAGCUCAAAAGCAGUGCCGAAAAUGCCACACAAUCUUCAAAAAAUCCCAUCGAUGAUUUAGUCUACAUAUCCGUUAAAGACUUGCAAAAUCAAACAGACAAACUCUUGACACCCAAAUCACUGCCCAUUUGGGAACCAUACCUCCAGCAAAUGUUUGACAGCGUCUCGAAUGACACCAAAUUCAAUGUCUCUCAGCUUGAGAUAAUCACUAGCAAUGCGGACAUUCUCUACAUACAAACAAUAGCAGAAUAUUUGCUGGAAAUACCAACCUCUCAUCUCGAGUUCUAUUUGUGGCUGAGUGCGGUGGAAGAGCUUAUCCUACACACGACCAGUGAAAUGCGUCUGCUACAUGCCGAAUACAUGCGCCUGGUGAUUGGCACCGAAGGCAAUUCGCCGCGCUCCAUUUACUGUGCUCACGGCAUUAAUAGCCUCAUGGGCAUGGCGGUCAGCUAUGCAUUGGCAGAUGACGACUUCACGCGUCACAAAUUGCCAAACGUACGUCGUAUGCUGAACGAUAUACGAAGAUCGUUUAACAAUUUGAUACGUUCGACGACAUGGAUGGAUGGGCCAACGAAACACGAGACUUUGCAAAAGUCUGCGGAAAUGAAAAGUUUCAUUGGCUAUCCGGACUGGCUUACCAAUGCCACAGCGUUGGAUGAGUUCUACGAGGAUGUGCAUGUCAAUGCCUCAACUCAUCUCGAGAAUAUGGUUGGUGUUUUGCGUUGGCAAAUGCAAAUCAAGCUGAAUAAUCUGAAUGUUCCUGAACCCUUUGGAUGGGCCACAUCACCGUCGAAUGUCAAUGCAUUUCACACGUUUCAAGCGAACGCCAUAACGAUACCAAUUGCAAUAUUGCAAUAUCCUUUUUACGAUUUGGGACUGGAGGCCCUAAAUUAUGGUUCUAUAGGCACGAUAUUGGGACAUGAGUUGACCCAUGGUUUCGACGAUAGCGGUCGAAUGUUUGAUAAAAACGGCAACAUGGUGCAAUGGUGGUCAAAUGAAACAAUUAACGAAUAUAUAAAUCGAACUGAAUGUUUCAUAGAACAAUAUAGCCACUACUUUUUGGAGGACAUUGAAGAAUAUAUCGAUGGUGAAUUAACCCUGGGUGAGAACAUAGCCGACAAUGGUGGCAUGCGGGAAGCGUUUCAUGCCUAUCGUCUUUUUAUAAAAGAAAACGGCAAAGAGAGAAUGCGUCUACCCGGUUUAGAGCACUAUAGCCACGAACAGUUGUUUUUCAUCUCGUUUGGCAACUUAUGGUGUGAAGCCUAUACGCCGGCCGCAUCACGCUAUGCAGUUGAAGAUUCCCACUGCCCGGGAAGAUUUCGUUUAAAAGGCGUACUUUCAAACUCUCAGGAAUUUGCCGAUACUUUUCAGUGUCCGCCCGGUUCUGGAAUGAAUCCCAAAGGACAUAAGUGUCGAAUUUGGUAAAAGGGCCUUAUCUUGUGCGUACAGUGUGAUAUUUCCCAUUGACACAAUAUCACAAAUUGAACUAAGAGGAUUUGUACUAACGUUUUUAUGUGAGUGUCAUUCGUAUUUGUCUAUGACAUGUCAGUUGCAUUGUCAUCCCCGUUUCAAGAAAAAUACUUUAAUAUGCUGAAUAUUGUUGCAACUGGGUUCCAACGAGCACUUAACGUUAUAUACGCAUCAGUACAUUCACACUUUCUUCACCUCAUAAUAUGUGGAAAUACCGUAAUUGUGAUUUAGGGUCAUAUUUUUGGUUGUGUAUUCGUGAUUUUAAAAUACAAUAUUUAUUUCAGUAUCUGUGAGAACAUUUAAUCUAUAAAAAUACAUUAGAUUUGUUUCCAUAUGCAUAAGUUAUAAUAUAUUUGUAUAAUGAAAUAUCUGGUCAUUUUUAAGGAAAAUUUCUCAACCAAGUCGGUGUUGAUUUUAUGCACGAUGAAAAUUAUGGUUAUUCUGGUGACUUGUAAAUAGUAUAAUAAAUAUAAGAUUUCAUACAGGCAUAUCUAAGAAC